CCUCAACGCAAACCGGCUUGCAACAGCAUCAACCUCCCUUCGUCCACUUCCACCUCCUCCUCCUCAUUCGGCGGGGCUUGCUCCGCUCUUUCGCCGACGCCGCCAGCGCCGCCGCCCGGCCUUUGUGUGAAGAGAGCGACGACGACGCUGGAUCGACGCUACGCUCGAAGAGCGCGGCGAGCGAGGAGGUAAAGCCUGCUUGCACCGGUCGCUGCGCGGAGUUGGUCCGCGAGGUCCCCGCUUGAGUCGUCCAAAAAACGCGCCGCUCGCGCCACAAAGCCGCGUGCGCGUUGGGUCCGGCAGCGAGCUCCAGCGUCGGUGGCGAAUAGCAGACGACGCGGAAACGAGCUCGCUCGUUGUCAACCGCUGUUCCUCCGUUGCCGGCAACGACGAGCACUCGGAAUUGCAGCGACGGUCCCCCCCGGUCAUCCACUUGCCGUUGAAAUGCAUUGACCCGGCUCGAGCGUCGGUCGGUGCUCGCGCUGACGGCUGGCUGGUGUUGCGCCAACUUGCUACCACCCGCGUACGGCGGCGCGGUCUGUGCGGUUCGCCCGCUCGCGACCACGAUUACGGUGUUGGUUCUUGCACGGGCUACAUCUUCUUGGCAACGCAGUGUGUGACUGAUAGGGUGCCAAGACGAAAAGACGCCGUUGUUGCCGCUAGUGGUCCCGCACCAGUGCCUCUUCAUCGGAUGUGCCGUCCCUUCUUUCCAUCUCACGGGAGAUGGUUUCUAGACGCUACUCGACGCCUCUGACUAGCGCUGUCGACGUCUUCCAGCUGAAUCUCCUCGAGUGACAAGGUCGUUAGCGGUGUGGUGUUUUUAGCGGGUGUGACAAGAGCGAUCCUUUCACAUCUCCGAACCCAGAGAAAAGAGGCGAGGCUCUGCGCCGAAAGUGCGUGUGGUGCUUUGUAAUCAAAGUUUCCUUUUGCUACUUGUGUGACUGCGGCGGUCUGAACGUCCCACAAGAGAGUUCGUCGUCGUGACUGGCGGCUCAGCGACUAUCCAGCUCGCGCGACGCUGUAUGGCGUCCAGUCCUCGCGUGCUCCUGUCGAACGGUUCCGGCGGCAUGGUGGUAUCCCAGGGCAAGGUUCGGGCUGCUAGCCCCUCCAGGGAAGACUCGGGAAACGAUUCAGAUGGCACCGCCGCCGCCGGGGCCAAGGGCGAUGCCACCGGAUCGUCGUACCGCAAGCGGCCCGUGCUGGAAGACUUCGAGAUGAUCAAGACGAUAGGGACGGGCACUUUCGGUCGCGUCUGCCUGUGUCGUGACGGGAGCGGAGCCUUCCACGCCAUGAAGAUCUUGGAGAUCUCAGACGUCAUCCGGCUGAAGCAGGUCGAGCACGUCAAGAAUGAGAAGGCCAUCCUACUGCAAGUGCAACACCCUUUCAUCAUCCGCAUGUCCUGGACGCACCACGACGCCACGUGCCUGUACAUGCUGUUCGAGUACGUCUCGGGCGGCGAGCUGUUCACUUACCUGCGCAACGCGGGUCGCUUCACAUCGGCCACGGGCUCCUUCUACGCGGCUGAGAUCGUGCUCGCCCUGGAGUACCUGCACCGGAUGCACAUCGUGUACCGGGACCUCAAGCCUGAGAACCUCCUGCUGGACCGAGAGGGGCACCUCAAGAUAACCGACUUUGGCUUCGCCAAGAAGCUGCACGACAGCGACUGGUCGUUGCUGGCGAUGGCCGUGGCACUCCGCGGAGGAUUGAGGAGCCAGUCGCCGCCGUUGCGGUUGGUUGCCGAAAGGGACGACUUCUCAGAGGAGUCAAUUAGGACGUGGACGCUGUGCGGUACGCCCGAGUACCUGGCACCCGAGAUAAUCCAGAGCAAGGGCCACAACCGCGCCGUCGACUGGUGGGCGCUGGGCGUCCUCAUCUACGAGAUGCUCGCUGGGUACCCUCCGUAUUUCGACGACAACCCCUUUGCCAUCUACGAGAAAAUCUUGGCCGGAAAAGUGGAGUGGCCAAGGCACAUUGAUCCCGUCGCAAAAGACCUGAUAAAGAAGCUCCUGGUGAACGACCGGACGAAAAGGCUUGGAAGCAUGAAGAACGGGGCCGAAGACGUCAAGCGGCACAGAUGGUUCAAAGGGACGAACUGGGAAGACGUCCUCGAGAAGAAACUCAAGCCGCCCAUAGUGCCCAAGGUGUCGCACGACGGGGACACCGGGAACUUCGACGACUAUCCCGAGCGGGACGGUCUCAAGAAGCGGCCCACUUCGUCCUGCUCGUCGUUCAGCGAAAAGGACGUGGAGACGUUCGACGACUUCUGAGGAACGAGCAUCCACUCACAACUCCGCCCAUGCAGCGGAAGAUGGUGUGAGCCUUUAUUCACUCCGUCUGGUCGCAGCCUCGGCGGGAGACCUUGACUCAGCAAGAGACGUUGGCUAGUGCGGCUGAGUAGGGCGGCCUAAAAGAUUCAGCGGGGGAGAAGGUCAUGUCACGUGAUCACUCUCCAACAGAACCGACAGCCGCCCUCUACACGAACGCACUACGUCCAGCGUCGUUAGCACCUCAGUGGUUGAACAUGAACUGUGGCCGUGCUCCGAGACGCCGGCGUCUACCUGUCCGUCACGGCAAUUGCCGCGGCUAUGCCGCGGUUCGCGUGGCUACCGUGUACAAGCCUUCGCUGCUCUCGCUAGACGAAAGUCGUCGUAUAGUGGAGGACGUUCGCUGUGCUCGCAUUCAUGUGUAGUAUUGUAUUUCUUUUCUCUCUACUUUCGCAUAAGCUUUCUUGUCUCUUGAGACGGGAGACGACGCUAUCAUGCUACCGACACAGUGCCGAAAAUUUCUUGCGCCGAGUUAGAGUGUUGAGUGAUCAUUGAUUAUAGCCAAGUGCUUUAUGUAGCUACAUGAGCAGCCUGUUUUGAUCACAUUCUGACGUUUGCACAUACAUUGGUGAUUGCGUAGUUGCAACUUUGGGGACGGUACCACCGACUGUUGGCUGCCCGCCGUCAGGCUUGACGCAGCGCAUGUCAAUGGCUGGUUAAGCUUGCUAACUGGAGGUUACGUCUUUUAAUGACCACAAGAAAGUUACUACGGUGCGACAUUGAAAAGAACGUCGAAAAGUGUACUGUGUGACAAAAUGGCUGUGUUUCUCACAUGCUCAUGUUAGUCUAGUCACUAUAGGUUUGAUUUUGUCCUCUAGUCUGUAGUGUUAUUACAUGUCUUCGAAGCCGCGUUAUAAUCCUGAAUAUGUGAGUGGCGGCUCUGUCGUAGAUUGACUGUUGUUAAAGAAACACGUGCAUGUAGUCGUUGUGCAAACUCUUUGCGAGUUAUGACCAUCACAGGCUUUAUUGUCUACAGAGAUGUGCGCAUCGUUGCUUCAGCUCCGAAGCGAAGCUCUGGUCAGUUUACAGCCUAGCCUUGCCUUGCUAGCGCCAAGUAGCUAGCCAUUCUCGACAACUACGAACAUCCCGCCGGAGAGGGACAGUUCCGGCAACAAUGAUCCCAAACAUAGCGCAACCAACGCAGAAAACUUGAGUGCGUUCUGCUGGAUUAGGCAAUAGUACUCACGGUAAAAAUUUGCUUACAAGCGUAGCGAAAAACACAAUCUCUUGCCUAUGAAGCAGCCGGAAAAGACAUCGCCAGGGACCACGAAAGGCACAAAAAAGAAAAAGAAGCAAGAAAAUGGGCUGGAUAAAUGCUAAGAGAUGAAUUGCUACGGCGGUCUUUUUUUUUUUUUUUAAUAGUCAAGCACUAUGAUAUAACUGGCCGCUGACCAGUGCCAAAUUUUCUGCAUGAGUGGAACUAAUGUGGCAUUCUUAUAAGGCAUUAACUAUUCUUUACGAAGAUCAGACGUCAUUUGAAGGAUUUCUUUGUGUUGAAUAUGACGCAACAUGUUAGACGAACCUUUUUUUUUUUUUCUCGCUUUUGCAAUUCACAGAGAAGCAUACGUCAAAAAAAAAGUAAAAGCAAGAAAGAAAAUAAAGAAAACGCUGGAGGAAAGCAAUUGGGAAAUUGGAAAUUGGUGGAGGCUUUCAGUGCUCGGCGCUUUAUGAUGCCCGUGUGCACUCGUGUAUAUGAAAAUAUCCGCGAGCGACGGUUACACAUCACAUUUUUAUUCGACCGCAUUUUCUCGUAAGAGCGGAAAGUUUUCACGGGCUUUAUAUUAGCAUUUAUAUAGAACUAGGCGUAACCAAGCAGGGUAAGAGGCAAGUGCUUACAGCGAACUAUAAUGUGUCACUGACAGAAACAGGGUGUUAUUAGAUAUACUGACUGAUAUUUUUAUACACAUCGGAGCGAGUCACACUUGAAUGAAAGGACGUGCUAGAAUGUGCGCAGCACAACCAACAGCCGGCAUCCGCGCAUUUGUGCUUAGCUGAUGGCCUAUUAAUCUCUCGCGCGACGUGACACUUGACAGAAACAAUCACUCACUCAGGCGUUGUGACCAUGCCAAGCACUUUAACUGAGGCCAUGCAUUUGAUUACGGGGAAGACAAGUGCGCAUGUGGUGAAACAUUGAGCCUGGUAGGCAGAAUUAAAGCUCUGAGGGUCACCACUUUCUCGAGAUUUGCGGUCGUGCAACGGCUUUACCAGAUGAUUAUAUAUAUAUAUAUAUAUAUAUAUAUAUAUAUAUAUAUAUAUAUAUAUAUAUAUAUAUAUAUAUCACUGGCCUCCCUACACCUCACUGUCAUAUGAGCAUAACAUAGAAAAAGCAAUGGCGAUCAAUUUAGCGCUGGCAUGUUUCAACCAAUCAAUUUCAGGUUUGUACAAAUUGUUAAACGCCUGCUGCAAUGAAGAGAAAAUGUACAGGCCCAACAAGAACUUUGAGAUGGUGUUAAAAUAUGCGAAACAAGAACAAAUUUGGCCACGAUGCUCAGGCAUUACACCCCUAUCCAUUAUGAUGAAUCUUAAGGCUUUCAGUGCUCUCAUUUGCACUUUGGGAUCAGUCCAUACAAGACGAAUGUAGUACAGGAGUCGCUAAAUCGUAACCAAAUUUUGUUCGGUUGCGACGAGGUAUACCCAUUGCGAACGUAGCUUCUAUUCAAUUUUUUCUUCUCCGCUGUCAUCGAAGUUGCGCUUUCUUGCUUUUCGUCAGAUGAACCGAUUAGCUCAGCAACAGGUAUUCAAGUGUCUUCGCGAAGCUUAGACGUACUAGCUUAGACGUGUUCUGGAACACGGGAAGAUAUAUCGGAGAAAGUCGGUGCCGAUAGCGGCAUCUUUUGAAUCUGUUAUCACGCAUUAAGGUUGUGUUGCACGACUGAUCUACACGAAGUCCAAAGUCAAAGUGGGUACCGACAGAUGUAAUAAACGUUAGAUGAACAGGGGUAAUUAAGGCGCCUCAGACAGGCUGCCCGACGUUUCGAUAGAUGUACCGGUCUUUAUCUAGGGUAUAGUGAAGACAGAUAUGUCCACCUAUCGAAACGUCGGCCAGUCUGUCUGAGGCACCUUAUCCCUGUUCAUACAACUUUUAUAGUUCUAUACAAAGAAGAUACAAAGGGAAUAGAGAAAUGACAGAUGCCAUAAGCGUGUCCGGUUUGCUAACCUACAUCGGGGGUAGGGCAAGGGGAGAAAAAGAAAGAAGGGAGAGGGAGAUAGCGCUAGCAGUGGAAACACGUGGGUUUGCCAACCAGGUCUUCAGAUUGAUUACCUAGCUGCCGACACAUUACGCCCGCAGAUAAGUGGAACAAAGUAGGUGAUUGCUGCAAGAGCUGUGAAGCGCUCCGUUGAAGCACGGCACCACGAGAUGUCGUCACAAUCGUUGAUGUUCACAUCUACGCGUCUUUCGGUAUUCCCGGCGUAUACGUGUAAGUUCAUUCGUUUACGCCACGAGGAGGUCGUGGUUUACGCCAUGCCAAAAUAAACUCAUUCGAGGCGGGUUUUAUACAUAUAGGCCUAGUUCUUGAGCGUUUGCUGCUUACAGUCGAUGUGAAAGCGGCAGCCACUUCGCGAAUGUCGCCGCCACAGCUAAUUGUGUGCGUCUUUGUACCAACACGCUAAUGCAGCGCUUCGCUUAAGCGGUACAACAAGCUUGUGUGUUUAUAAGGGACUUGUCGAAAGAACCUGCAGAUUUUGACCGCUUGCAAGGCAGACGGCACAUAAACAUGAGCCAAUGCUGCUUAGCGCAUUUAGUAUGUACAGUUUUUGUUUUGUUCCAGGCACACUUUAUAUUAUAAAAAGACGGUAAUUAUGAAUAUAAAAGCGCGUCAUGUAUCAAUUUGAAAACAAUAUUCCGCGAAAUCUUCUCUUGAUGUACAGAUAAAUAUGAGUGCUAUAAAAAAUGUUAUUGAUGUGCCUUUGGUAUUCGUGUGCUAUAUAUUGUAUUAACAGCAGCUGAUCGUCCAGGUGACAAUCUGUUUUCACAGCUACGAAAUACGAGCUACCGUCCCAACUAUGAAAUACGAAUGUGAAAAGCUGACAUCGUGACCACGGGAACUUUGUGAAAGCUCUAGUGGCGCGUAAAUGAGGGAAAAGAUUUAUACUGCGAACGGAAAUAUAUAUAGUGGAAAUUUCUGAGUGCAGAAACAAGAGCAAGAGAGGAGGCGGGGAGGGGGAGGGGGAUGAGAAUGUGGACAAAGCGCGAAAGGUGGUCACUGAACUCAACUUGGUCGCGGUUUUCUUUGAUGUAACAGCGCGAUCGUGGAAAGAGGGAGCAUUCGAUAUUCUUUCAGAUCGCGAAUACUGUCAAAGUUUGAGUAUUGUGCCAAGUAAUUAUGCUGAACUGCCGAGCCCAAGAAGUCAGCAUCGAAAUUUUCGCUGCCAUGGGUUGUGUCGUGUUAGCGCAGAAAGAACAAAGGCUUUCCACGACUGUCUGCUUUGCGUGCAGGGUUUUCGUGGCUCUUUGUGGCGUGUAUAGAAAGCAUGAGAAGCGUCAGCAAGGCACCUAACCGUUGUGUAUUGUAUUGCGCUUUGAGAGAUGCACUUCGCGCCAGUCACUUAUUUGGUGUACGAGUGUAACGUAUAGCUGUGAGCUUCGUUUUGUUUCGACGCCAUUUCUAUGUGGACAGUAGUCGUUUGUUCUCUUAGUAUUCGAAGAAUACAAGAUGAUGUGAUAAUAAAAGGUCUGCCGCUACUUCGCGGCAAGAAAAAAUGAAAAUGUCGUUGAACGUUGUUUCAUUCAAGCGUC